UUCCUGUGCUGAUUAGGGAAGCAGCCACCGGUGCAGGCAUUGUGUACAGGUACGUUGCCUUCACUUCCUUAUCCUGAUUCUAAUUACGUCCUCCUGUCCUCGCCUCACCUGAACGCGUUCGGCGUCGAUCCUGUGAGGCGAUACUUGUACUUGGUCAAAGGGUACGUUUCCGCCGAAUAUCCUCGCUGACAGAACUCGGUGUCGCAGGCUCUCAUCCUCCACACUCCUUCAACCACAGCACCUUCACUUCUUUGAACCCUUUCCUUCAUUCGGGACCUUCUGUCACUUCAGCAGGCUCUGAAUGAUAUUGUCCACUUAAUAUACCACAUCGUACAUUUCGCAGAAGAAUAAUUGCCAAGAAAAAAACAACACACUGGAAGACGGAGGGGUUUCAGAACGAAAAGAGGCAAAGCAGGCCUUUAGAAAGUCGACUUGAAGUCGCACCGCGCACAGCAUGUCCGAGAAGGGUUAUGACAGGAGUAGUACGGGGUCGUUGAAGGUGUCGGAGAGAUCAAGAUGGCCGCCGUUGACGCGGAUGUUGAUGUCGGGAGAAAUGAGUGGUGAACGGCCGAGGGAACUCAACGCUCGCGAACGAUUCGACAGAUGGAUGGUGAACGAGGGUUAUCGACGAUUUUUCGUCUUUGUCUUCGCGGCGAUCCAUUUGAUGGUCUUCUCCUUCGGUUUCAUGAAUUACCAGAUCAAGGACAACUUGACGAUUGCGAGAAGUACGUUUGGGUUGACAUAUCCGAUAGCGCGUUCGGCGGCGUUGGUUCUACAUUUUGAUGUGGCUAUGAUUCUUUUCCCGGUGUGCAGAACGCUCAUCUCUUUGGCUCGACAAACACCCCUCAAUGGUAUCGUACAAUUCGACAAGAACAUUACGUUCCAUAUGACCACGGCUUGGUCAAUCGUUUUCUUCUCUUGGGUUCACACGAUUGCGCAUUGGAACAACUUUGCGCAGAUUUCAGCAAAGAACAAUCUUGGAAUUGGAGGAUGGUUGUUGGCGAACUUCGUUACCGGACCAGGAUGGACAGGGUAUAUCAUGUUGGUGGCUCUGAUGUGCAUGGUGGUUACUUCGGUCGAGAAGAUGCGUCGUGCUAACUUCGAGCGCUUCUGGUACACGCAUCAUAUGUUCGUCAUAUUCUUCUUCUUCUGGUCCAUCCACGGAGCUUUCUGUAUGAUUCAACCCGACUUCGCUCCUUACUGUGUCAGUCUUGGAUCUACCGCCAUUGGUGUGUUCUGGCAAUACUGGAUGUACGGAGGAUUCAUUUACCUGGCAGAGAGAAUUGCAAGAGAGGUCCGAGGAAAGCACAAGACCUACAUCUCCAAAGUUGUUCAGCAUCCCAGCAACGUUUGCGAGAUUCAGAUCAAGAAGGAGAACACCAAGACCAGAGCUGGACAGUACAUUUUCUUCUGCUGUCCUGAGGUCUCUGUCUGGCAAUAUCAUCCAUUCACGCUGACUUCUGCCCCCGAGGAGGACUACAUUUCGAUACAUAUCAGAAUGGUUGGUGACUUCACAAAGGCUGUUGGAAAGGCUCUGGGAUGUGAGCUUGAUAAACCAAGAGGAGACAAGAAGGAUGCGUCCCAAGUCGUCAGUGUCAACAAGAACUCCUCGGGAAGCGAUGGAGUUGACCCAGCUAUUCGACGUGUUCUUCCCCGUGUCUAUAUCGAUGGUCCUUUUGGCUCUGCUUCCGAAGAUGUGUUCAAGUAUGAGAUCGCAAUGCUUUGCGGUGCUGGUAUCGGUGUUACUCCAUUCGCAUCCAUCCUCAAGUCUAUCUGGUACCGAAUGAACUACCCCCAAAAGAAGACCCGUCUCCGGAAGGUGUACUUCUUCUGGAUUUGCCGUGACUUCGGCUCCUUUGAAUGGUUCCGUUCUCUUUUGCUUGCUAUCGAAGCCCAAGAUAUGGACAACCACAUCGAGAUCCACACAUACCUUACCGCCAAGAUCAAGGUCGAUGAUGCCACCAAUAUCAUGAUUAAUGAUGCCAAUGCUGACCGCGAUGCGAUUACUGGUCUCCGAGCACCAACGAACUUUGGACGACCGAACUGGGAUAUGAUUUUCAAGAGUGUGAGGAAGAUUCACACACCAGCCGAAGCGGGUGUGUUCUUCUGUGGACCCAAGGUGUUGGGUAGUGUGUUGCACAUCAAGUGUAAUAUGUAUACUGAGCCUGGUUUCCAAUUCACAUGGGGCAAAGAAAACUUUUAGACAAAAUCAUUACUCAUACAGCAUCUUCAUUCCCUUGGUACGAAUUUCGGUCCUUUUUUCUCGGCCUCAGCGGCACGGAGCAUGUAUUGGAGUCGUUGUUGUUUGGUGGAUGGGGUAGUACAUAGGAAAGGAACUCGAUAUUUGCUAGCGCAGGGCGCGGAACUUCUUUACGGGAUUACGC